UACUUGCACGCGGCCUGGUGGGUCCUAUGCACCCAGAGGUCUGCUGGUAAACACAAAGAUUUUUAAGGCACAACACGGCCUCCGUAUCUCAGCGGCAAUAUAUUGACUUUAUCACAUUACAUUGUAAUAUUAGGUGUACAUAAAUUAGGUUCACAAUGGACGUUUUUUUAAUGAUCAGGCGAAAAAAGUCGACGAUAUUUACUGACGCGAAGGACGAUACCACGGUGCUCGAGCUGAAGAAAAUGAUCGAAGGUAUACUGAAAAUACCACCAGCGAAUCAACAGCUAUUUAACAAGGAUAAUGUCCUAAUGUCAGACAACAAGACUUUACAGGAUUAUGGACUGACAUCAGCGACCGCGAAAGCUCAAUGUCCUGCAUUAGUUGGUUUAGCCAUACGUCAACCUGAUGGCCAGUUUGAACCACUCGAGAUGACACCGUUCUCGCUACCACCUGAUCUCCCCGAUGUUAUGAAGUCCCAGGAAAAUAACGGCCAGGAACAAUCUCCUUGAAACGACAUAGAUGAUAUUGCGCACAUAAUAUAAAGACGAAAGCAGCUCCCUGUGAAAAACCCAGUAUGCCAUUGAAAGGACCCUGCUCUAGGAAGACCUUCUCGAUCAUGGCUACACUAUCAUCGAAUCCCACACACAAGUCACUAGGUACUGUGGCUUUAAACACAUGAUCCUCUGUGUUAAACCACCAUCCAUAUCCUAUAUUCAAUAUACAAAGC